ACUCGAAGCGCGAUUUUAUCACGUUUGAAAAAACUCACUAGUUUUUGUGUUCGAAAAUGAGUGUAGCGAGUUGUCUUGCGAAAGUUUUCAAAAAAUUGGGGCAAAUCUCCACUUUUGUGCAGUUUCAAAGUCAGCUCCUGGCUUGUGUGCAAGAUGACACUCGCAAUUCGGGAGAGUUUGUGCGCGAUUUUCACAAGUUGGGAAGUAAUGUAGAGAAAGUGGAUUUUUUGUAUGAGAGGAUGCGACAGUACGGCUUGCUUGACGACAAAUUUACCAAGGAUGAAAAAGAUGAUAAGAAAGCGAAGAAACACAAGGAAAAGGGCGAUAAGUUUUUUGCAACUGGGGCUUUUUCCAAAGCCCUUCAGUCUUAUACUAGGAGCGUCAUGAAGGCCAAAAGCUCGGAAGCCUUGGCUAUGGCUUACGCCAACCGAUCUGCAGCCCUGUUCAAACUCGAACAGUUCGAGGAGGCUCUAACUGAUGUAGAAAGAGCUCUUUCUGGCGACUACCCUGAAAAUCUGAGGCCCAGUUUGGUGACGCGUCGCGAGAAACUUUUGGGUUUUAUGGGUGCCCAUGGCCCUGCAUUCAAUUUCUUUGAAUCUGUUCCUGAAAUUCCAGAGGAGCAGAAAAAUGCCUCAAUUCCGAGCGCUAGCUCCUGUAUUGAAAUAAAACCAGACGAAAAGUCACGUCGCCGUGUUUUCGCAGCUCGGAAAAUCGAAAUCGGCGAAAUAAUAGCGGUAGAAAAACCGUUUGUUUUCACACUUGCCGCAGCCGACCUUUAUCAUUGUCAUGAGUGUUACCAAUUGUGUUACAACCCUAUUCCGUGUGAAAUAUGCAGCCAAACGUUGUAUUGUGGUGAAGAAUGUCGGGACAAAGCCCGGGAAAAGUACCACCAAUACGAAUGCCCGAUUUUGAUUUCCUUGAAAAACAUAGUGGGAAAACACAAGGCUUUUCUCUUAGCCAUCAAAAUGUCGUUUAUGAUUUCUGAUGAAAAUGACGUUCCGGAGGUUUACGCUUUGAUGGAGAACCUCAGUCGGGACAACAACGAUGAGGUUUUCACCACGGCGUUAAUAACAGCCUUGAUGUAUCAUCUGGUGAAAACCUACACCGGAAAAUUUCCCGAAGACGACCUGGAAGCUGAAAAUAAAUUCAAACACUUCCUUAUGACCCAUUUGCGCAUUUGUUUGACCCAUGCCGCUGGAAUCGAUGAACUUUACCCAAACCAAGUCUCCGAAGGGCAAGAACCAGGCCAAGAAUUGCUAUCUUUCAAAUCGGAAACUGUGGGUUGUGCCCUUUAUCCCUUCUACGCUCUUUUCAGACACGCUUGUUGCCCUAAUGUUUUUGCCCAUCAUCAUGGUACUCAACGUGUCCUCAGAGCAGUUCGGACGAUUCAUGAAGGACAAGAGUGUUUUGUGUCCUAUGGGCCCUAUUACGUCGAGCAUAGUAAACAAGAGCGCAAAAAUCGUCUUUUGUCUCAAUAUCAUUUCACGUGUAAGUGUAGAGCGUGCGAGGAGGAUUGGCCUCAAUUGGAUCUGAAUCCUUAUUAUUUAACGUCAAAGCAAGAUUUAGACUUUGUGGCGAAAAUCAGGAAUGCGAAUAUUGAAGCGGCUGUUGAGGAAAUUCCAAGGUUUUUGGAGCGUCUGAAAGGGUUGGAAGUGUUCGAGCCUCUGUCGGAGUUAACUCUCCAACAGAAACUCUUGUCUUAUUGUUUUGAUAUGCUUGGGAAUAAAAGAAGAAUCUUGUAAUUUUUUUUCAUUAAUAAAUAUUUGAAGUAA